AUGUCUGAGGAACAGAGAAAAGCGGUUGCUGCGAUUAUUAUUGCUACAACUUUACUUCCGACAAACUUUUCCAAAUCUAAGGUUACGCGUAGAAUUUGGGUGAAGGAGUGGAUGAAAAAACGAAAAUCGAUCGGUGUUUACAAUAACUUAGUGCAAGAACUACGUUUGUAUGACGAAGAGAGUUUCCGCAAAUACCUGCGAAUGAGCCCAGACAUAUAUGAGCUUUUACUUGAGAAAGUCAGAAGUAAAUUAACGAAGAAGACAACGCAUUUACGGAAACCUUUGGAGCUGAAGUUGAAGCUGACAAUAACUUUGCGCUUUCUCGCUACUGGGGAGAAUUUUACUAGCUUACAUCAUCACUAUUCUGUUGGUAUUUCAACCAUUGCCACAUUUAUUCCUCAGGUUUGUCAAGCAUUAUAUGAUACACUAAAAGAUGAUUUCCUCAAGUUCCCCGAAAACAAAGACGACUGGCUUGAAAUUGCAUCUGAAUUCGAAACAAUGUGGCAAUUUCCAAAUUGCAUUGGGGCAAUGGAUGGAAAACAUAUUGCUCUCUGCCAGGGACGUCUGAGCGAUGGUGGAGUUUUCAGGCGGUGUGAAUUUUUCAGAGGAUUAUCUAAAAACAGCAUAGAUUUACCAGAAAGGAGAAAACUGCCAAACAUAUCUGGAAUUGAUGAUUCCUUCCUUAACCCUGAGUGUGACCAGCCACUCUUGCCAUACGUUCUAGUUGCUGAUGAUGCUUUUCCCUUAACUGAGUAUUGCAUGAAACCUUACGCACAGAAAGGACUUACUGAGUCAAAGCGCAUAUUCAACUAUCGUUUAUCACGUGCAAGAAGAACAAGUGAAAACGCUUUUGGAAUACUUGUAAAGCGGUUUCACUGCCUCAUUGCAAAAUUAAAUGUUUUGCCCGAAUCUGCUGUAAAAGUAACGUUAGCUACUUGUGCGCUACAUAAUAUGCUGUGUACUAUGUCUAUGCAAACGUAUACAAACGCGGAGGGACCGGAAAUCAAAGAUAAUAUUUUUAACAACCUAUCAAGUCUGUCCCCGAUGGAAGGAACAAAAUCAAGAAACUUUAGCACACGCGCAGAAAAUAUGCGAAAUUCUUUCAGUGAUUAUUUUCAAGGAUUAGGUCAGGUGCAUUGGCAAUGGAAUCAAGUAUACGGACAAUAG